AUGUGGGUCUAUUUACCUUUGCUCCUUUCAGCACUUGCAGGAGACUCUCUUGGUGAUCUAAUAACAUCUCAUGGUUCUGAAAAACAAGCUCAAGAUGGUAACAGUGUUACUCUCUCCUGCAACUACACUGGUGCUGUUUAUAAUCUACUGUGGUAUCGUCAGUAUCAAAGAUCCAAACCAGAACUCCUUCUCUCCAUGACUGAAUCUGGAGAUCCAGUUAAAGCCGAUCCAUCAGCCCACUGGUUAUCUGCUAAAGUUGACAAACUCACAAAGCUCAUGGAACUGGAAAUCAGCCCGGCUAAAGUAUCAGACUCCGCACAGUAUUACUGUGCCCUGCAGCCCACAGUGGCAGGAAACCCUUUUCUCCUGCACAAAAUCUUGCCAAUGAAGCCUGGAUCAAAACCAGAGUUUCUGCUGCUGAUUGUUGAGUCUACUAAAACAGUAGUUCCAGCUUCUCCACUUCAUCCACAUAUGUCCAUCAGACUCCGUAAUAAUAAUGGUGUGGAUCUGGAGAUCUCCUCUGCUGCUGUAUCAGACUCUGCUCUUUACUACUGUGCCCUGGAGCCCACAGUGACAGAAAAACCAACUACACUUUACAAAAAGUUUCCUUUUCUUUGCUUUUUCCUGGCUCAAAAUGAGACGGAGGUGGUACCAUCCUGA